AUGGUGACAGAAUUUGUGCUUAUGGGAUUCACAGACCGUCCAGAGCUUCAGCUGCCCCUCUUUGUGGUAUUUCUGGUAAUUUAUCUCAUCACCCUGGUAGGAAACCUUGGCAUGAUCCUGCUCAUCAAGGUGGAUUCACGGCUCCACACCCCCAUGUACUAUUUCCUCAGCCACCUGGCAUUCGUUGAUUUCUGUUACUCCUCUUCUAUUGGGCCCAAGAUGCUGCAAAAUUUAUUAGUGAAGAGAAAAACCAUCUCCUUUGCAGGCUGUUUUGCUCAGCUAUACUUCUCCAGCGCUUUUGCCACUACCGAAUGCUUCCUGUUAGCCACAAUGGCCUAUGACCGUUACAUGGCUAUCUGCAACCCCCUGAUUUACACGGCUAUUAUGACUCAGCGGGUCUGCAGGGAGUUGGUGAUAGGGGUCUAUACCUAUGGCUUCCUGAACUCCGUGAUACAAACAGUUCUGACUUUCCAGUUGUCGUUCUGUGACUCCAACAUCAUCCACCACUUCUACUGUGCAGACCCCCCUCUCCUUGCCCUCUCCUGCUCUGAUACUCACAACAAAGAAAAGCAGCUCUUGAUCUUCUCUGCGGUGAAUCUCACUGGCUCUCUCCUGACUGUCCUCAUCUCCUACAUCUGCAUUCUCUAUUCCGUUAUCAAAAUCCAGUCUUCAGAGGGCAAGUGCAAAGCAUUUUCCACCUGUGCCUCUCACCUCACUGUGGUCAUCAUCUUCUAUGGAACACUGUUUUUCAUGUACCUAUGGCAACCUAAAGUAGGAAAUUCUUGGAAGUACAAUAUAGUAGUCUCUGUGUUUUAUAGUCUUGUAAUUCCUAUGCUCAACCCCCUGAUCUACAGCCUGAGGAACACAGAAGUAAAGGACACCCUGAAAAAAAUGCUAGAGGGCAAAGAAUCAUAG